AUGAUCCAACGUCGAGGUCCCGGCGUAAUCGACUUGAGCGACUCGAAGCCUCCGCCUCUUCCACAUGGUAGGCAUGCGACGCCGCCCGCGUCGCCCUCUCCUCACCGCUCAACUCUGCCUGGCAGUCCGCGCCUAGGCUCAGGCUCGCCCCUAACUGGCUCCCCGCGCAGUCCAAGCCGGCACUCACUGCAGAUGCCCUACUCCCCACCGACAGCUUACGCCGCCGCAUACCCGAGCACAACGUCAACCAGUCCAUACCUCAGCCUGGGCAUCGAGACAUUUGACGACCGCGGCGGCGGGGAGAUGGCGGUACGCGUCGCGCGGGCACGCGAUGCCGCUUUCGCUGGGGUGAAGGACGUGAUCCGCGUUCAGAGGAGUUGGGGCCUUGUUUGGGGCGACCCUGAGCUCCGGUCACAAGCUGUCAAGCUCACCCUCAUCAACCUCCUCUCGCUGUCGUUGUUGUCCCUGUUCCCCCUCGUUCUGUCGCCACUUUUUCGGCGGGAGCAUGACCACGCCGUGGCGGGCGAGGUUAGGGGUUGGUUUAAUGCGCUCCUGAGCUGGCCCCUGUUCGCUGUUUGUUUCUGGGUCAACGCGAUUUGGGGCCCGGGAAUCGCCAAGCGCGCGCAGGGCAUGAUGCAUCCGAGCUACCGCCACCAGCCCUUGCACACUCCCGCUGCGCCAAGCCCCACGACUACGGACCGCAUCUGGCUCACCCUCACACGCCUCCUCCUCAUUGCGGAUUUUACGCUGGUCGCACGUACACUCUCGCUCGUCCCUGUCGUUGGUCGACUGCUGUCCAUCAGUUUCAUCUGCUUAAUCAAUGCCUAUUAUGCUUACGAAUGGAGUUUCGUAUCACGGCAGUGGUCACUUGAAACGCGAUGUACCUACAUCUCGUCACGGGGAUGGUACAUGUUCGGAUUUGGCCUACCCGCGACGCUUCUCACGUCGUUUGGGCCACCCCUGAUCAACAUGGCGAUCUUCUCGCUUAUUUACCCAUUCCUGGUCGUCCAGGCUCUCCAGAGCCGUCCACCCAGCACCUCCCUACUUCCGGGCACGGGCACCCCUGGCUCAGGCUCGAGCACGCCAACCAAGGAGACACACACAAGUCCCAUUUUAGGCAGCCUGGGAGGCGUGAGCGUGAGCGGAAACUUGUCCAUCCGCCCGCAUGUGCCCAUUUUCCUCUUUGCGCGGUAUACGCUUAAGGGACUCCGUUGGCUUGCAGACGCCGUAGCCCGCGAGCGCGGAGGUGGAACCCACGAACGCGCACUGGGUCGCCGUUACUAG